AAAUAGAUACCUAGAGACACACACAGUUGGUUGCCACUCACAGCCUACAAGUGCUUCAUAAAGUCCUAUUCCAGCCAGCAGUUGCCUCCCAGGAACAGGGCAAGCUAUCUCCAGUCAUACUCUCAAAUCAAAUUGGCCGAAAAAAGAGAACAAGGAUCGGGAAAUUAUUAUUUCCAUUCAGGGUUAUUUAUCACAGAAGAAGGGGAGCAGAACACCACCAUGGUGAGGAACAUAGAUGAUUUUGAUUUUUGUCUUCCAUCGCAUCCUCAGUCCAUUUUGGAAGGGCUUCAGACUUUACGCUCCAACCCCAAGUUUUCAGACGUCACCUUGAUUGUUGGGGGGCAUGAAUUUCUCUGUCAUCGCAGUAUUCUGGCCCUCUGUAGUCACUAUUUCAAUGCCAUGUUUGCUGGUGACUUCCUGGAAAGCUUUUCUGCCCGGGUAGAGAUCAAAGAUGUGGAUCCUGCUGUUUUGGAGUCCUUAAUUGACUUUGCUUAUACGGGGAAGGUGACCAUCAAUCAGGGAAAUGUAGAGGCUCUGAUUCGGACAUCCAAUCAGCUCCACUUCCCCACUAUCCGGAAAGUUUGCAGCCGAUAUUUACGACAACAGAUGGAUGCAACCAACUGUUUGGGAAUUUGUGAGUUUGGGGAGAUGUAUGGCUGUUCAGAGGUGUCAUCCAAGGCUUGGUCAUUCCUGCAGGAGAAUUUUGAGCUUGUGUCUCAACAGGAGGAGUUUCUUCAGCUGUCCAAAGAGAGGCUGGUUACUUACCUGUCCAACAAUCUACUACAAAUGCAAGAAGAGCAAAGUCUGGUUGAGGCUGUGCUCAGAUGGGUGAAGUAUGAAAAAUCUGCUAGAGCCACCCACCUUCCAGAACUCCUUGACAUAGUGCAUCUGGUUUCACUGCCAGAUCAGUAUCUGCAGGACCUCUUAUCAUUGGAACCACUUAUUCAGGAAUCAGAAGCAUGCAAGACCAUCAUCACCAGACAUCGCAGCACGGUAGAGAACAGACCUUUUGUCCAGCAGAGACUAAAAGCCCUUCCACAAAAGCUUGAGGAGGUGCUGGUGGUGGUGGCAGGUAGAGCUUUGGAAGAGGAUGAAGAAGAAGAACAAUCACCACCACCAAUUUCCAGGAACUUUGCCUUUUAUAAUACCAAAACAAAAAAUUGGAUCGCUCUGCCGGAUUUUCCUGAUUAUAAUAAAUGGGGCUUUUCAAUGAUUGCUCUCAACAAUGAUGUUUAUGUUACAGGUGGCUCCAGAGGCUCACAAAAUGACACGUGGUCCACAACCCAUUCCUGGUGCUUCAGCCUGAAGAAGGGUGCCUGGAAGUCUAUUGCGCCGAUGCUGAAGCCCCGAACAAACCAUGCCAGUGCUGUUCUCAAUGGAGAGAUCUAUGCCAUUGGUGGCACCACCGUGGACAUUGUGGAGGUGGAGUGCUAUGAUCCUUAUAAUGACAGCUGGUGUUUUGUCAGCCCUGCCCUGAAGUAUGUCAGCAACUUUGCCGUAGCUGGAUGCCUUGGCAAGCUAUACCUGAUUGGCUCUUGUGCUCUCAAAUACAAUGCCUUGACACUGCAGUGUUACAACCCCUCUAUUGAUGUCUGGAGUGUAAUUGCAUCGCCCUUCAUGCCAAAAUACCUGUCUGGUCCCCGUUGUGCCUCCUUGCAUGGAGCAAUCUACCUUAUUGGUGACAACACAAAGAAAGUCUAUGUGUAUGAUCCAGAUGCCAACAUAUGGCAGAAGGUGCAGCAACUUCAUACGCUCCAUGAGAAUGGAGGAAUGGUACCUCUUGGAGGCAAACUUUUUGUCACAGGAGGCUAUUGGAAAGGUAUGGAUGGUGACUAUCAGGUGGAGAUGGAAACAUAUGACUGUGCCAAAGAUGUCUGGACAAAGGAAGGGGGCCUCCCAUGCUUAUGGCUCUACCAUAGCUCUUCUUCUAUCUUUAUGGAUACUUCAAAAUGGAGAGAACCUUUUCUGGAAAACCAGUCGUAACAGAAGAGGGUGGAAUCAGGCUCUACCUGUGUUCAGGCACACAUCUGGAAAAAGAAGAGACUUAUUAUUGUGCACUGCAGCCUUUGUUGGGUUGAAUCAGUUUGUCCUCACAGUAAAAUGGAUAACUAUAGUCAUAACAUUAAUGGUGAACACAUGGGAUAAUGGGAUUAUAAAGAUGUCAAACAGCUGAAGAUUAAAAUGAAAGUCUUCUAAUGGGUGCAUAUACUCAACACAAAGUACUGUGUUAACUCUACACUUCUAAAUAGAAAAAACACUAUCACAUUGAAGGCCAAUGAAGUUAAGGAGUAGUUCAUGUUGUUUACAGAUCCCACCUCUGUUGAUGUCUCUUACAAAACUCACUGUAGAAACAUCUGCAAUUUUUAAAAAACUUCAAUGUUCUUUUUAGAAAGUUGCCAUAACUGAAGUUUGUGAGAUUUCAGUCAUUUUGCUUAAAUAAAUAACUUACUUGAGCAAUGGCAGCCAGUAUUGCAGAACUGUGAGUUGGAAUCUAUUGAUAUCAUCUACUGCCUAAUUAUAUUGGAUUGUGACCAGUGUUGGAAAGGGGCCAAAAGUAAAGUAAGCCAUCUCCAAAUCUGGACUAGAAGAGUUUUUAAUGCUAAUUUGAGAUGAUAGUGGCUAAUGUUGAAGGGUGAUUAAAUGACUUCAUUACACAACUUUUUUUUAGCAUCGUAAAAGGCUUCUGCCCCAAUUGAGCCCCACGCUGCUCAUCAUAUGAUACAGGCUCCCUUCCAAGGGGGCUCCAUGGCUCUACUGGAGUAGAAGAGUCCUACGAUGCUGCACCGGGAACACGGGAGGCUUCCCAUGUUUCAUUGGACAUCACAGGGGCUGCACAGGGGAAGCUUCAUGGUGACGCUUCCCCAUGUGUGAUGAGGAAGUGUAGCUGCUGGUGAGGUGGGGUGUAGGGCACCAGGAUUGCCCUGCUGCCCUGCCAAUUUGCCACAGAGGUCCUUAGUGACAAAUUUCUGGAUCAUAGAUAUGUUAUUUUAGGAGUCAGAAUUCCCCAAACGCCCUAGUAACAUGAGUAGCUGUGACCAUUUAUUUCGGGGAUAUGCUUCUCUAAGGAGUUAAUCAGAUUACACUGGGAAGUGUUCAGAAGAAGAGAGUUCAGUCUAACGCAAUUUCGUAAUAAAAUUGAGUUUUCCCUACCUUUUAAUCACAUUGUUUAGUGUACUCAGUUGUCUUGCAUAUUUUUCAAUGAAGAAAUUUCCACACUGCAGACAUUUGGCCCCACCCAUCCCUCUAGAUGCUUUUCGGUACUUUAACUCCCACAAUUCUCAACAGCAGGGAGGGAGGGAGAGAGAGAAAAGAGAUGGAAGGGAAACCCAUUUGGAAAGGCAACAGCACUGGCUCUCCCAACACAGAACACAGACAAAUUAUGGAAGGAAGGAAUAAAGGUACUUUAAAAGGCUAUUUUUUAAUUAUUAUCUUUUAUUUUUGCAAAAUAGAAGCAUUAUGAGGUAGCUUAGAACCAAACCUUCCUGCUUGGGGAGCAAAAGGAAAUGCCAGAGAUUGCCCAAAAAAGCUUAUUUUGACUCCUCCCCAGUUUCUCCUCCCACAAAUUGGGUGAUCCUAACCCGAGAGCAAUGAGUGCUACUUCAUUAGAAAUUUGGCAAAACAUCCGGAGUUUUGAGAAAAAACCAUUUCCUCACCUCUUCCUGAUAUGUUGGAAAAAAAUGCUGCCCUCAACGUUUAAAAGACUCAAAAACUGCACUUUAACCAAAACGAAUGUAGUGGACCCAGUGGAAUACCAGAUUUUAAGUGUAGAACUCAGUGGAAUUUAAGUUAUGUGACGAAGUGGUAGGAAAUGUGGUGUUCUUACUUGUGUAUCUUUUUCAUUGUUCUGGAUAAUUUCUGUACAUAAUGGUGCAUAUUCCUGCUCAGCAUAAACAUCCUGCGUAUUAUAUUGGUGCUAGUUGUGAAAUUGAGCCUGGCAUAUUGAUCCCUACUUCUUCCUGUUGGUCACUCCAUUUAAUCACUCUGAUCAAGAAAUCUGAGAAUAAUUGUCUUGAUAUAAUCAAUUAUGUGCUCCCUCUUCUUAUUGCCACUGCAGCUUAGUCUUGAGUUUACACAUACUGUACUUGGAAUUCUGGGCAAUUGUAGGCCUUCCUUUCUACCAUCAUGGUAGACAUCAAUGCAGGGAAAACAUGGUCCUCUAGAUUGCUGACAGCCCCAUUCAGCUUGGCUAAUGGUCAGAGUAAUGGGAGCAGCAGUCUAUCUAGAGGCCACAGACCACCUAUACCUAUUUUAUAUUAAUGUAGUUGAAUACAUGUACCCCUCCAUGAACCCCUUCAUGCUUGUGGGUUUCACAUUUGUGGAUUUGAUUAUUUUAUUUCUGCUGGGGUAGUAGUGCUAUUCAUAGUUUUGCUAAUGUCAUGCAUUUGAAAUAUUCGAGCUGAUAAACACUCAUUAGAUUGCAAAUGAUAACAAUGUAGAGGAAUUGUAGGAAUAACUCAGAGGAGAUUAUAAUUCAAAAUAACCAUAGUAAACUUGAUUAUGGGGGGUUCCAAACAGCAGAAUGAAUUUCAAAAGACACAGAUGUGUAUUCUGGGUUAGGAGGGAAAAUAACAUUUCUGUUUGUCAAGCCUAUCUUUACUAGAAAGGUAUUUGCAUAGAUCUUUUAAAGAUUUUAUACUGAAUUCUACACUGUCACAGUUUGCUCAGACUGCUAUUGUGUAUUAUAAAAUCUUUCCAAAAUAAACAAAAAAUAAUAAUCCUAGAUAAA